GGCUCCAGGGCGCAGGCGCAAGCGCUCGGGGUGCAGCCCAGGCUGGAGGGCGGCGGCAGCGGCCGCUGAGGGAAGAUGGCGGCAGCGGCGGCAGCGGCGGCAGCUGCGGAGCAGCAAAGUUCCAAUGGUCCUGUAAAGAAGUCCAUGAGGGAGAAAGCUGUUGAGAGAAGAAAUGUUAAUAAAGAGCACAACAGUAACUUUAAAGCUGGAUAUAUUCCAAUUGAUGAAGAUCGUCUCCAUAAGACAGGAUUGAGAGGGAGAAAAGGAAAUUUAGCCAUCUGUGUGAUUAUCCUCUUGUUUAUCUUGGCUGUCAUCAAUUUAAUCAUAACACUUGUUAUUUGGGCUGUGAUUCGCAUUGGACCAAAUGGUUGUGACAGCAUGGAGUUUCAUGAAAGUGGUCUGCUUCGAUUUAAGCAAGUAUCUGACAUGGGAGUUAUACAUCCUCUCUAUAAGAGCACAGUGGGAGGAAGGAGAAAUGAAAAUUUGAUCAUCACUGGCAACAAUCAGCCUAUUGUUUUUCAGCAAGGAACGACAAAGCUCAGUGUAGAAAAGAACAAAACUUCUAUUACAAGUGACAUCGGUAUGCAGUUUUUUGACCCAAGGACUCAAAAUAUCUUAUUCAGCACAGACUAUGAAACUCAUGAGUUUCAUUUGCCAAGUGGAGUGAAGAGUUUGAAUGUGCAAAAAGCAUCAACUGAAAGGAUUACCAGCAAUGCUACCAGUGAUUUAAAUAUAAAAGUUGAUGGACGUGCUAUUGUGCGUGGAAAUGAAGGAGUAUUCAUUAUGGGCAAAACCAUUGAAUUUCACAUGGGUGGCAAUAUGGAGUUAAAGGCAGAAAAUAGCAUCAUCCUCAAUGGAACUGUGAUGGUUAGCACAACUCGCCUACCUACUUCCUCUAAUGGAGACCCGUUUGGCAAUGGUGACUGGGUACGCUACAAGCUCUGUAUGUGUGCUGAUGGGACUCUCUUCAAAGUACAAGUAAAAGGCCAGAACAUGGGUUGCCAAGUCUCAGACAAUCCCUGUGGAAGCACUCACUAGAAGAACCUGAGGGGUCAUCAGUACGGCCUUUUCUUUCUUUCUUUCUUUUUUUUUUUUUAACCAGAGCACUGCUUAGCUCUGGCUUAUGGUCAGGCUUGUUCCUGGGACUUCUGAGCCUCAGGCAUGAAAAUCUUUUGCAUAACCGUUAUGCUAUCUCCCAGCCCUGCUUGACUUUUUUAAGAGUGCAUGCAAGUCAUGUUUCUACAGAGUUUUGUAAUAACUCAUAACUGUUUUACUUACAGAGUACUACUGUGUACCUAUUAUAGUCUUUAUAUUUAAAAUGCGCUUGAAAGUCUAAAUGCUAAUACAUUAUAUUAAUUUGCAAUGAUCUUGAAGUUAUGGUUCUUUAAGUUGUCAAAAGUGAAUAAAAUGAAAACUAAUCUUUAUAAA